AUGCCGCCGCGUCUACAUCAAAAGCGGCCAGCAUCUUCUGAGGCCGGGCCCUCUAGCCAAUCUACAUCCAAAAGAACGCGGUUCGUCGAGCCGUCUGAAGACCCUGGCAACUUUGCGCAGGAAGUUGAUGCUGCACUAGAGAAUCCUUCCGCAGCGCGAAAAGGACGUGUCAAUACCGAGGGCUAUGAUUCUGACUCAAGCGAUGACGGCGAGGGCGUUGUUCUUAGCAGACGUCCGGGUGGAGAGGAUGCAGCCGAGGAUGAGGACGAUGACAUGUUUACCACGGCGCACAAGGAAGAGAAGAAGCCUGCUCCCGAGUCAAAGUCCAAACCUGAAUUUCUGCGGCUAGGUGAUAUCGAAGGUCAGGAGUUCGAUGGAGAAUCCGAGGAGGAGUCAGGCGAAGAGGACGAAGACGAUGCAGAGCGGAGGAAGAAGGCAGGCAUGGGCUUCGAGUUGUCCUCAUUCAAUAUGCGCGAGGAGAUGGAAGAAGGCAAGUUCUCCGCUGAUGGGACUUACGUGCGCACGUUCGACCCGCAUGCAUUACACGAUCGGUGGAUGGAAGGUUUGGACGAGAGGGAGAUCAAGCAAGCGCGGAGACGGAAGCGGCAACAAGAAAAGUUACAGAAGGAAAUGAUGAAAGCAGAGGAGCGGGAGCUGGAGGAGAUGGGUGGAAAGGAGGCAGUCGAAAGGGAGAUGGUUGGAAUGUUGAAGAAGGGAGAGACAGUGCUUGAGGCGCUGCAACGAUUGGGUACACAAGCGAGAAAGGGAUCGGACAAGAAGAGUCUUGAUUCCAUGGAUGAGGAUAAAAGCAAAGCACCAAAAGUACCGUCAGAUAUCGACCAUCUCACCCACCUCGCCUCCACACUAUUGUCCCUAGGCGAUACCGACAUCUAUUCCAAAACUUAUGAAGAGCUCGUUCGAUCUGUACGUUCCGCCGGCAAAGUGGGGCCAACAUGGGUCCCUCCAUCUGCCGAUGUACAAUACGAGUACAAGUGGGACGUGCCAGAGCCGAACGGGGAGACUUUUGGGCCAUUCAGUGAGGAUGACAUGCAGGCGUGGUUCAAGGCUUCUUAUUUUGGCUCUAUGGGGGAGAAGAUUAAAUUAAGGGCGAUUGGUGGACAGUGGACUGACUGGGGCGAGAUUUUCUAA